AUGGCUGUUUCACAGAACAAGCGCAUUCUAUUACUGGCUUUCGUCAUCCUCUGCCUCUUCUCCACCCAAACUAUAGCACGAACGUUGAAAGAGAAAAACAGUAUAACUAGUGGGGAUGCAAGCACAGUUCAACACAAUCAGCAAUCGCAUGCUGAGGUAUUUAAGCCAAAAGAUGAGGAUGUUAACGUUGGUGGUGAUGUGUUCUCCAUGGAUUACACUCCAGCCUCAAGGAAACCACCGAUUCACAAUUAA